UUGAUCAUUUAUUCGUCUGUCUCGAGCUUUUUAAGCAAUGGAUAUCUCUCUCUCUAUCUACAGUGGAUAAGAUUCCGUGGUGGUAGGUUCCCUCCUUUCAAUCCUCAAACUUACGUGGCUCCUACAACUUAAUAUCAAACCAUCUCCAAGCCAUAACACACACUCACUCCAUCUCCAUGAUAUAAUAUAUAACACAAUAACGUUCUCAAUUCUCACUCCAAACCCUAACUAUAGCAAAUAAACACUAACAAGUAUAAUGGGUCUUGGACAGCGUUUGGGUUUCAGUUUGGCACUUGUUGUGGCCUCUUUUGUACUCGUUCAAUCUCAAAUCCCAAACACCUGGGAAGCCACGACGUUCCAAAACAUGCUGGCUUUGGUUCAGGAGGAACCGGUUAUUCUCAAGUACCACAAGGGUCCACUCCUUAAGGGUAACGUAACAGUUCACAUACUCUGGUACGGUAACUUCACCACCACCCAACGCUCCAUCAUUCUUCACUUCAUCAAAUCCCUCAGCUCCGUUCCCCACUCUCGCCGCACGCGCCGUCCAUCUCCCUCCGUAUUUUCGUGGUGGCGAACCACCGCCAGGUACAGAGGAGGUCCAUGCACCCUCACCGUAGGGAAUCAGAUCCUCGACCGCACGUACUCCCUCGGCAAAUCGCUCAAAACCACACACCUCCUCGCUCUCGCUGUGAGAAAACCAACAACCCGCGGUAACGAAAUCCACGUGGUGCUCACGUCCGAUGACGUGGCAGUGGACGGUUUUUGCAUGAGUCGGUGUGGGACCCACGGAUCGGGUCAGGUUCAAAAGAGGAGGGUCGCGUUCGCUUGGGUUGGGAACCCGGCGACGCAGUGUCCGGGAGAGUGCGCGUGGCCGUUCCACCAACCGGUGUACGGGCCUCAGUCCCCGCCGUUGGUUCCGCCGAACGGCGACGUGGGAGUGGACGGAAUGGUGAUAAGUUUAGCGACUGUUCUGGCUGGAGUGGCGACGAACCCGUUCGGAAAUGGGUAUUACCAAGGGUCGGCGCGUGCUCCUCUGGAGGCAGUUUCGGCGUGUUCUGGGAUAUUUGGAAAAGGAGCGUAUCCUGGUUACACGGGAAACGUUUUGGUGAAUAAAAGCACGGGAGGUAGCUAUAACGCGGUGGGGGUGCGUCGACGGGAGUUUCUGUUGCCGGCUAUGUGGGACCCAGUGACUUCUACCUGCAAGACGCUCGUUUGAAUUGUGUCAUUGUUGUUCUUAAACCGAAAUUGGGUGCAUGCAUGCGUGAGUUAGACAAAGGGAUGGUCUUUUUUAGAAGGACAUGGAUAAUUUGCAAUUCAUUUUAGUAGGGUAAAGGAUAGUCUUGUUAAAAACAUAUUUAUACUAAAAUAAUCGUUUUUAUCAUUAUUAGUUAUAAUAUUUGUUAGUGUUGUCAUUUUAUUUUUUUCGUAUCUUAUUACUCAAGUAAUAGGAGAGAAUUUUGAUUUUUUACACAUUCCGUAUGCUUAAAGGACUUCUUCUUUUCAAUUUCCAUGGCAAAAUUAAUGUUUUGUUUUAUUCAUGUAAUGUAAGGUAGCUUUUCUAUGUUAUGAAAAUGAUAGAAUAUACUUUA